AUGCCCUCCGAGCCCUACCCGACCCGGGAUGCAUCCCGAUCCCCAACCCCCGACCACCAUGACAAGGAAAAGGUCGCCGGCAUCCAAGUGACCCAGACCGGUCUCGAGUCGGUCCAGAUCUCGCGGCGCUCCUCCUUCUCCUUCCCCCAUCCCGGCAGCCAUCAAUUCCCUCCCGCCCCCCGGGAGGAUGGCGACGACCCCGAGAAAGACGCGCCCCCGCCCCGUCAGACGCAGGGCCGCCCGCCGGAGAUCAGCAGCCUCGGGGCGGAGAUCGUGCUGGUGAUGGUGUGCUCGGCCGGGCUGAUGCUGUUCUCGUUCCUGCUGGGCGACGUGCUGGCGCCGCAGCUGCAGUUUCGCCAGGCCCUCGGCAUCACCAACUCCUCGCUGCCCUGGCUCGUCGGCUCGUUCAACGUCGCCAACGGGCUGUCCGUCGUGGUGUCCGGCUCGCUGACCGAUCUGACGCCGCCCAAGUAUCUCAUGGUCGGGGCCUUCCUCUGGCUGAGUGGAUGGAACAUCGUCGGGGCCUUCUCGAUCGCCCCAUCGCGGUACGGGCUCUUCUUCGUGGUGCGCGCGAUGCAGGGGCUGGCCAUCGGGGUGCUGGUGUCGGGCAGCAUGAGCAUCCUGGGUCGCGUGUACAAGCCGGGGGUGCGCAAGACCCGCGUCUUCUCGGCCAUGGCUGCCUGUGCCCCCUUCGGCUUCUCCCUCGGCGCCCUCGAGGGCGGCCUGCUCUGCCAUCACCUCCCGUGGAUCUUCGGCUGCAACGCCCUCAUCGCCGCCCUCUGCGCCGUCGGGGCCUACGUCUCCAUCCCCCCGCUGCGCCCCGUGGCCGACACGGCCGGGGGCGAGGUGCCCUCGCUGCGGCAGUUCGACUGGCUGGGGGCGGCCCUGGCCAUCGGGGGCUGCGUGUGCCUGCUCUUCGGCCUCACGCAGGGCGGCGUGACGGACUGGUCCGGGUACACCUGCGGGCUGACGGGGGUGGGCAUCGUGCUGCUGCUCGCGCUCUUCAUCGUGGAGCGCUCCGUGCCCCGGCCGCUCAUCCCCACCCGGCUGUGGGCGACCAAGGGCUUCACCCCGCUGAUGAUCGCCUACUUCAUGGGCUUCGGCUCCUACUUCGGGGCCUGGCAGUUCUACGCCAUCCAGUUCUGGCUGCGCGUCCAGCACGCCUCCCCCCUCGAUGUCGCCCUGUACCAUCUGCCCAACGCCAUCUUCGGGGUGGUCGCCACCUGGGUGGUCAGUCGGACCCUCCAUCUGGUGCCGGGCCACUACAUUUACACCGUCUCCAUGUUGGCCUUCACCAUGGGCCCGGCCUUCUUCCUGCCCCAGUCCGCCGGCACGCCGUACUGGGAACUGUCGCUGCCGGGCAUCUCGCUGGUCACCUUCGGCCCGGACCUGGCCUUCGCCGCCGCCUCCAUCUUCAUCACGGGCACGGUGGCACGCUCCUUCCAGGGCAGCGCCGGCAGUCUGCUGGUGACGAAUCAGAACCUGUCAUCCGCCAUCAUCACCAGCCUGGCCGAUGCGAUCGGCACGCGCGUCGACACGCAGGCGGACGGCAGUGUCGGGCUGCAAGGGCCGCGGGCCAUCUGGUGGUUCGCCCUGGGAUGCCAGCUCGUGGCGGCGUUUAUCACGGUCACCUGGGUGCGCAUUCCCCAGGAGGAGGAGAAAGACCACGUUACCUGA